AUGGUUUCGUCCCUGUACAAAGUAUUUCUGUUUUCACUUUGUCCGGUGACAUUGAUUGUGGGCCACUUUCUGUCAUAUCACAUAGUACUGGAAGUUGACCGAGAUGGAUGGUUUAACACAUUUUUUGUCAAACAGGGCUGGUUCUGGACAAGUCUGGUGGGAUGGUGGUGUAUGGUGAGAUACAGAGGUUUGGGUAUUCGUGGUACGUGGAAAAAAACGCUUCUUAGGUACUGUGUGCUGACAGCGUGGUGGUUGGUCUUUACUCAGUCGAUAUGGUCAGAAGCAGCUCCCAUUAUGGAUCUGGUAUUCACCGCUACCGGCGGACGGUGUACGUUUGAUCUUUUCGAUCCCACAGAUUUGGGAACUUGGACAAUCAACGAUAGAUUCCACGAUACGUUCUCACGCAGACAGGUAAGCUUUCAAAAAAUUUAUAAAGCGCUGAAACAAGUCUCCACAAAUCCAUCCUCGAUGCUUCAAAACGCGGUUUCAGAGCUUGAACACUGGAUUUCAGAGGGUAAAGAACAUCUCUCAAACCUGGAAAUGACUCCGCAUCAAUUUAACACGCUCAUUGACGAAGCGUUGCACUCGUGGCGUAAAAUCAACUCUUCCAGCGUGUGUAGAUCUUUGGGUGGACACUGGAAGGGCGGGCACGAUCCCAGUGGUCAUAUUUUUCUCAUCACCCUGAUGUGUAUGUUUUUGCUGGGAGAGCUCCAAGUCAUCGGGAGGAAAGCCCAGCGGAAACUCAAAACAGAUCACAACCUGUGGAGCUCUACGAGAAAUUACGGAACCAAUAUGUUGAAACUUGGGCGUAAUCUUCUCAAUUUGUCCCGUGGGACUGUCACUGGUAAGGAGCUGUUGAAGAAGCUUGCCUUGAUUCCUUUUCAAAUCAUUGAACAGCAAGUGAAGCUGAUAGGCGUUUCUGUGAAAUUCGUUUUAUGGGAUAAUCCUAUUCUCGCCCUCGUUUUUCUAACCUUCAUGUGGUGGUGGAGUUUUCUCGUCACAACAAUUGCAUUCCACACGCUUCCUGAGCAGAUCAGCGGCCUACUAUGCGCGUAUGUUGUAGCAGCAAUCGUUUAUUGGAAACUUGCAUAA